UCAUGGAGACUCUAACCCAGUUGUAUCUGUGUUUGCUUCUGCUUGUUCUGCCCUUGGGAUUGAUCAAGGGAAAGAACGUGUUGGAAAUAACAGAUUUCAAGCAGGAUUGUGAAAACGGAUUACCUAAUAUUGCUAUUGAUAACUCCGAGCUCGAAACGCUAGAAAAUGAUGACGGGAACUCAAUACUGAACGGAAUGUUUCGAUUCGAGGACGAUUACAACGAUCCAAUUGCGUUUAAAGCUUAUUCCGAACGUUUGAAACAUGGAUCUUGGACUUCUGGUGAGAUAUCUCGUGACGAACCGAACAUAUGCCCACUGAUUCUGAACACUGAAGAGCCUUGGUACUUGGUUACUGGUUUGAUGAAUCAGACAACAUGUCCCUUCAAGGCAGGGCACAGCGAGUCGUUCAGCAACGUCGUAAUGGGUGACCUCAAUAUGUCCAUACCAGAUUCAUUUACCGGUGACUGGAGAAUCAACAUCGAGAUCACUGUGCAAAGAAAUGGCGAAAAAUAUACUGAAUGCGUUCGGAUGUUGUUUACCAUCAAAGAAAUUUAGCUGGAAUAU